AGUGGAGGUGAGGGUUGAGGCUGACAUGGCGUCAGUGGGGCGCCGCAAGCCACACCAUCAUCAUGGCAGACCGUGAGGCUCUCGUCGCACAAUUUACAGCUGUGUCUGGCGUGGAUAGUGAGCGGGCCAGGUUCUUCCUAGAGUCAGCAGCAUGGAAUCUGGAGUCUGCACUUAGCAGUUUUUACGAAGAGGGUGAUGAGGAGGCAGCCAGUGAAUCCUUAGGUGACCGUCCAGAAGCUGAGGGAGCACCCAGUGCACCGCAGAGGCCAUCAUCACAACCUACACCCCUCCAGAGAGCAGUGAUCAACAUGGAUCAUGACAGUGACAGCAGUGGCGAGGAAGAUGGCCAGGCAUUUUAUGCUGGUGGUUCAGAGCAUUCUGGCCAGCAGGUUCUGGGUCCACCCAAGAAGAAAUCUGAUGUUGUCGCCAAAUUAUUUAAAUCUGCAAAAGAACAUGGGGCAGAGGUUCUAGAAAGUGGACGGGAAGGGAAGAAACCCAAGAAAAUUACCUUUGGUGGUACUGGGUAUCGUCUGGGCGAAACUACUGAUGACACCCAGGUAAUACCAGACAGUUCAAAGAGAGAAGAUCGACCACGUGAUGUUACACUGAAGAUGUGGCGGACUGGUUUCACUGUGGAUGAUGGGCCUCUUCAAGCUUAUGAUGACCCAGCAAAUGCAGAGUUCUUGAAUUCCAUUAGGAGAAGUGAAGUGCCCCUAGAGCUGAUUCGAGAGGCAAGAGGUGGGGAGGUGUAUAUUAAUAUGGCUGACCACCGCCAUGAAGAUUAUGCUCCAUCUAAAUCAGCUCGGAAGGCAUUUACUGGUUCUGGACACACAUUAGGCAGCCCAGCACCCAUGGUGGUAGGCCAAGAAACCCAACCUACUGGAGCAGUUGGUGGAGCAAGCAAGACUACUGCUCUUGUAGGAGCCUCCUCACCUCUUAAGACAUUAGAGCACACUGCUCAAGAAAAUCUAAGGGUUAACAUGACAAAGCCCGUCACAAACAUUCAGAUUCGUUUACCGGAUGGUUCUCGUCUUGUGAUAAAAUUAAAUCACUCGCACACUGUAGGGGAUAUUCGGGAAUUUAUAGUGACUGCUCGGCCAGCCCUUGAAACGGCAGAGUUUGCUCUUAUGACCACUUUCCCAUAUGCAGAAUUGACGAAUGCCUCUCAAACUGUAGCAGAAGGAAAACUUUUAAAUUCUGCUAUAGUUGUAAAAACUAAAUAAUAACAGAGAUGGAUAGAUAGAUCAACCAGAAAUGUGCACUUCUAAAAUUACGAUGCUUUCAGAUGUGCUUAUUACAAUAUUUUCAUCCAAGGAAGAAUAUCUUGACAAAAAUAUUGACUAAUUAGUGAUAUAUUACUUAGUUAGGCUAAAAGCAAAUGCUUUGUAUAAUUUUUUCUAUAAAUAAUAAGGAUAUUGAUAUGCUAUGAAUUUGUAUACAGUAUAUGUUUGCUUGAUAAUUUAUAUUUUGUAUUCAGUAAUGAAGUAGCAAUAGUUUCAUCAGCAAUUGUUUUUUUUACCUUUAUAUAGUAGUGUUUCAUUUCUUAGAAUUGUCUUUAUUGAACGUUUUCUCCAUUUGUAAGCAUUAUUUGGCAGCCUCUACAUUUAACACUGUUUGCUACAGUUUGAAAUUACUGUAAGUGGAAUUUUUUAAUAGUAUGGAUUUUAUUAUAUUUAAAUGUAAAAUGAAAGGUUCUGAUAACCAAAUUUAUUUAGCAACACAUGGAAAUUAGAAACUGUUAAAUUUACAUUUUCUCUUGACUAAAAUAUCCCAGUUCUAGCCAAAUUGAACAGGCAUUAUUUUCCUUUAAAACAUCUGUAUAUUAGCAUAAUUCCACCUUCCAACUGUAUUGUUACCACUGUUGACUUCUAUAUUUAAGUCUAAUAAUUCACUUGAUUUGAUAAGGAAGCAAUAAUUCUGUGAUUAUAAUACACAGGAUUGAUAUUAACCAAAUAAAAAAAAAAUGCGUAAAUUUGCAAGUACAAUGCGUACACAAGAUUCUCCCAUUCCGUUGUAAUGAGUACAUUAUGUACACAAGAUUGUCCCAUUCCGUUGUAAUAAAUGUCUUCUUCACUAUUUGUGUUGUGUGUUCAUCAUCUUGUUUAUUUACUCUUUAUAUUCUUAAUGUAUGUGCAUAUUUAAUAAAGAUAUUAGUUCCUAACUGGGUACAAAAAUCAACGAC